AUGCCUCUCUUUCAGGUAAGGGAACUUUUACAGUUCCCUGAAAAUGGAGACAACGCUACGGACACCGUGAUCAAUAAUAUUCACUUCAAUCUGACCGCUCUAAAUUAUUUCAAUUAUACCCUCUAUUCCAAUGGAACUCUUUCGAAUGGCUCGAACUGCUGGCUUUCAUUCGACAUGUACCAGCCUUCUAUUCUAUCAAACGGAACAUUUAUUAACGCCACAUCUUGUUAUUUUCCGAUCAAUGGCCUCGAGGCAAGGGGAAGUGUGGGCAUUGCUUUUGCUUCGAUGUUUGGAGCAACCAUAGUGUUUACCUUGAUAAACCUGCGAAAGCAUGGGAAAACGUUUUUACCACUAGAGAAGAGAUGGCGGGCUGUUGGAAGGAGGUGGCAAUGGUAUUGGAUGCUCUUUGUUGCAGCCUGCGGUAUGAUAAGCUGUUUCAUGAGCAUUGACGUCGAUCGGAGUUAUCUACAAGGAAUUGCGCUUUCUCUUCAGAGUCUGUUUUAUUAUUUACUUUUACCCGGCCUGCUGGCUGCAGUGUGGGAAGGAGUCAGGCAUUGGGGUUCAUGGCAAGAACGGCAGAUUUGUGAUCGCGACACCUUCGCAUUCUCGGAAGCUUCUACAAGAGAAACCCAGGAAUUUUACUUGCCACUGAUUUUCUACUUUUUCGCCUGGCUUAACUUCUUCCUGGUCAUUCCUAGGAACUGGAACUCGAUCCAAAAGCAAGGCAACCAAGACCAAACAAUGAGCAUCGCCAAACCAUCCGCGACAGACGGCCGCUUCAAAGCGGGGAGUAUUAUUGCAGUGGUGUGCUUAGCUGUCAUCUGUUAUAGCCUCUGGCAUAGCGUUUACAGAUACAAGCAGCAGCCUGUAAAGCCUUUGUUCCGUUCAAUAACUUUCUAUCUAAGCUCUGCGCCUUUGAAAUACUGCAUCUGCAUUAUUCUAACUGGUCUCCGUGUUGGAUUCGGUGUUGCCUCUUCAUUCUCCUGGGAUAUUUCCCCAGCUAAAUAUGAUGGCAAUGCUGGUUGGCUUUACGGCCUUGGCUAUGCUCCCCCAUUGCUCAUCAUCACUGUGCUGAACAUAUGGGGCUACAUCGAUCCUAAUGAAGACAGGGCGCUUAUUGAGCAGCGUCGUGAACGUGGACAUGCCGCAGACGCUGAGCUUGGUAUCCCUGGAAUGCGAAAACCAGCUUGGUGGCGCCGAUUGCGCUCUGAUUUUCAGCAUGUGUCCAGCAACGACCCUAACGCGAGAUUGAAAGCUAUGACUAUGGAAAUCGGAGGGGGGAGGCCUACACAAAGGAACUUGGAGCGGUAUAUUGAGAUGGGAACGAUCUCUGCAGGAAAGACGAAUCCGGAAGAUAAGAGCGGCGGGCCGAGCGAUACAGGGAGCCCAAGCAAUGCUAUAUCAAAUGAUCCAUAUGCGGAACCGAUCGCCAAAGUUAACACUUCAACACUAUUGAAUCCGACGGGUCGGACGAUGCGGUCUCCCAGCAGAUCGAGCAGCCAUGCCACAUUAUCAUCUGAAGAAACCUUGACCCAAACUCAACAACCACAAAAAGUGAGGAAAAUUCUUUUUGGAGUCUCUGUGCAUAUCAUUGUUAUAUAUUAUUCAUUACUGCAUUCUGGGAAGUUUGGAGAAAUUCAGGCGCUGGGUUUUAAGGAAAAGAGCUUGGUUACGGCUGUCGAUCAUGACACGCGUGAAUGGGAACGCACGCGAACCAGAAACGACUACCAAUCAUACAUAUAUGCAUACGCAGCACAUUACUUCCCUGCUAGGUUGGGUAGAUCCACAAAAUCCACCACCAAGUUCAGCACCUUAUUUGACAAGAAAGUUCCCAUUAUCGUUCUGGCCUCGUCGUUUCGUGGAACAGGGGUAAACAAGUGA